AUGUUUUCCCAAUCUGCAAGGCUUUUGCCUGUAGCGCGAAGUGUGCAGUACACUGCUGCAGAGAAAUGCAGAAGAGGAUGCACAUCAUCAUUAUAUAUCACUGGUGACUUGGCUAGUGAAUCAUGCAUUGUUUUGUCGCCCUAUGUUAAUCUCAACCGCAGGUUUGAGGACACUGAAAAAUUAAUUAAAAAUCUACAGUCUAGAGGUCUCACUGUUGACCUCCCUCAACUGAAGUCUAGUUGGCAACAGUAUGAGAACUUGAAAAAGUUCAAGUUACAAUUAGACAGUGAUAAGUCAGCAAACUUGGUGAAGUUUAAUGCAGCAAAAUCUUCCCAAAAACCUAAAGUUCUAAAUGAUUUGAAGGCAGAACUUGAUAAAGUCAAAGAAAAGCUCAACUCAGUCAAAAAAGAACUGUGGGAUGUAGAAAAGAAAGCAAUUUUAGGUGGCUUAGCUCUUCCAAAUGAUAUCCACCCUGAAACUCCUCUAAAUGAUUGUGAAAAAAUUGUGCACGAAUUUGGAGUGAAGCCAGAUACCAGUAGUCAUAGCCCUAGCCAUAUAGAAAUUGCUAACAAAUUAGGUUUAAUUGAGUAUUAUGAUUCUUCUUAUUACUUCCUUAAAGAUGAAGCUGCACAGUUUGAAAUAGGCCUAAGCUAUUUAAUUCAAGAUAAACUAAAGGAAAUUGGUUUCAUUACCAUGUCAAACUAUGAUUUUGGCAAAAGCCUUGUUGUUGAGGGUGUUGGUUUGGAUCCUAGGGAUGCAAGCUCUGUUUUUACCCUAGAGAAAGAUUCUGACUCUAAGGAUGCAACUGCUAGACUUCACUUAGUUGGAGGGGCUUCCUUGGCAUCGUUCUGUGCUUUCCACACUAAAACUGUUACAAAUGUUAAAAAUUUACCUCUGCGAUACGUUGCUAUGGGUCGACAUUAUAACCCUAACGGUGAUGAAGAACUACAUGGAUUGUUUUCAACAUGGCAAAGCUCAGCUGUUGAAACAUUUGUUGCAGCCGCUGAUAAAGAGAUGGCAAUGGAAGAAUUUAAAUCAUGUUUAAAGGAAAUCAUUGAUCUGUAUGAAACCUUAGGUUAUCACUUUAGAGUUGUCUAUCUGCCACCAAUAAACCUCAAACCAUGGGAGAGCUUAAGAGCUAGUAUUCAAAUGUUUUCCAAGAAUAUGGCGAAGUAUAUAGAAGUAGGAAGUUUGAGUCUCUGUGAUGACUAUAUCAGUCAACGUUUAUUGAUAUGUUGUGAAACUGUUCCCGGGAAAUCAGCACAAUUUGCACAUCUGAUCUCGGGCACUGUUGUGUCCGUUCCUCGCAUUUUAGGUUGUAUAUUGGAAUAUGAUUCUGGUGGUUUUAAAUUACCUUCAGAAGUCCUUGCUGCUAUAGCAUAAAUUGACAAUAUUGUAAAGGGAAGGAUAUUCCCUUUUCAUUCCAUAGUGCAUUAUUAUAGCUCAAUAUCUUUGCUUUGGCAGCAAAAUAACUUAUACUGUAUUUUUGAAUUACAUAUGAAAUUUUAAAAAGACUUGCUCUAGUAUGUUUCAUUUUCCAUGCAGUGAUUUCAAAAUGGAAUAUAUGUUUUUGUAAUUAGUUGAUAGAUUAAAAUUGUCAUCCUAGACUCUCAUUUGCUGUUAAUCUUGAUGCUGAUUGUGUUGGCUGGGUAUAUUAAUUGUGCUCGUGGUUGAAGUUUUAUAUAGUUUUAUAUAGUGUUUCAGAAUAGAGUAAAUAAAUUGAUACCUACCUAA